CCAUUGCCACUCACAGUCCCCGCGCGCAGCUCGGAGCCGGAGAGAGCGCAGGAAGCAGGGAAGCGCUCGGAGCCUGGGCCAGCAAAGGGGGCGCCCGGUCGCUGCCUGCACCGCCCUGGCUGGUCGUCUCAGCCGCUCUCUGGGGCCCAGAGAGGAGCUAAAGCUAGUCUGGGAGUCUAGGAGCCGAGCCGGCGAGACACAACUGCUGAGGGCGCCAGCUCCACUUCGCCGCCUUUUGCUCCGGAGCCGGGGAUCUCUCGCUGACCGCCCCGCCGGUCGGAGAGCGGGGAGCACUGGUCCUUGCAGCCCCAGGGAUGGUCUAGGAGCCGGCGCGAGGCUAACUGCUCUGCCUCUGCUGGGGCUUGCCGCCUCCUGCCGAUCUCCGGAGGUUGCGCGCCUGGGCGGCCCAGGCCGGAGAAGUUAGUUGUGCGCGCCGCUUAGUGCGCAGAGCCAGCGAUCUUGCGAGCGAGCGAGCCAGUAAAGGGAGCCGCGAGGCGAAGGGACCAUGGGCUGGGGGGGCCGCUGCUGCUGCCCGGGACGGCUGGACCUGCUGUGCGUGCUGGCGCUGCUCGGGGGCUGCCUACUCCCCGUGUGCCGGACGCGCGUCUACACCAACCACUGGGCAGUCAAAAUCGCCGGCGGCUUUCCGGAGGCCAACCGCAUAGCCAGCAAAUACGGAUUCAUCAACAUAGGACAGAUUGGGGCCCUGAAGGACUACUACCACUUCUACCAUAGCAGGACGAUUAAAAGGUCAGUUCUCUCGAGCAGAGGAACCCACAGUUUCAUUUCAAUGGAACCAAAGGUGGAGUGGAUUCAACAACAAGUCGUGAAAAAACGAACAAAGAGGGACUAUGACCUCAGCCGUGCCCAGUCUACCUAUUUCAAUGAUCCCAAAUGGCCAAGCAUGUGGUAUAUGCACUGCAGUGACAACACACAUCCCUGCCAAUCAGAUAUGAAUAUUGAAGGAGCCUGGAAGAGAGGAUACACAGGAAAGAACAUUGUGGUGACCAUCCUGGACGAUGGCAUUGAGAGAACUCAUCCUGAUCUGAUGCAAAACUAUGAUGCUCUGGCAAGUUGUGAUGUGAAUGGGAAUGACUUGGACCCAAUGCCUCGUUACGACGCAAGCAAUGAGAACAAGCAUGGGACCCGCUGUGCUGGAGAAGUGGCAGCCGCUGCAAACAACUCUCACUGCACAGUUGGAAUUGCUUUCAACGCCAAGAUCGGAGGAGUACGAAUGCUGGAUGGAGAUGUCACAGACAUGGUAGAAGCGAAAUCAGUUAGCUUCAAUCCCCAGCAUGUGCACAUUUAUAGUGCCAGCUGGGGACCAGAUGAUGAUGGCAAGACUGUGGAUGGACCAGCUCCCCUCACCCGGCAAGCCUUUGAAAAUGGCGUCAGAAUGGGGCGGAGAGGCCUUGGCUCUGUGUUUGUCUGGGCAUCUGGCAAUGGUGGAAGGAGCAAAGACCACUGCUCCUGUGAUGGCUACACCAAUAGCAUCUAUACCAUCUCCAUCAGCAGCACAGCAGAGAGUGGAAAGAAACCUUGGUACCUGGAAGAGUGUUCAUCUACACUAGCCACAACCUAUAGCAGCGGAGAGUCCUACGACAAGAAAAUAAUCACGACGGAUCUAAGGCAGCGAUGCACCGACAAUCACACUGGAACAUCGGCCUCAGCCCCCAUGGCUGCAGGCAUCAUUGCGCUGGCCCUGGAAGCCAAUCCGUUUCUGACCUGGAGAGACGUACAGCAUGUUAUUGUCAGGACUUCCCGUGCGGGACAUUUGAACGCUAAUGACUGGAAAACCAAUGCUGCUGGUUUUAAGGUGAGUCAUCUCUAUGGAUUCGGACUGAUGGAUGCGGAAGCCAUGGUGAUGGAGGCAGAGAAGUGGACCACUGUUCCCCAGCAACACAUGUGUGUGGAGAGCACAGACCGGCAAAUCAAGACAAUUCGCCCCAACAGUGCAGUGCGCUCCAUCUACAAAGCCUUGGGCUGCUCUGACAACCCCAACCACCACGUCAACUACCUGGAGCACGUAGUUGUGCGCAUCACUAUCACUCACCCCCGGAGGGGCGACCUGGCCAUCUACCUGACCUCGCCUUCAGGAACCAGAUCCCAGCUUCUUGCCAACAGGCUAUUUGAUCAUUCCAUGGAAGGAUUUAAAAACUGGGAGUUCAUGACCAUUCACUGCUGGGGAGAACGAGCUGCUGGUGACUGGAUCCUUGAAGUUUAUGAUACUCCUUCUCAGCUGAGAAACUUCAAGACUCCAGGUAAAUUGAAAGAAUGGUCUUUGGUCCUCUAUGGCACAUCCGUGCAGCCAUACUCCCCAACCAACGAGUUUCCUAAGGUGGAGCGUUUCCGCUAUAGCCGAGUUGAAGACCCUACAGAUGACUAUGGUGCAGAGGAUUAUGCAGGUCCCUGUGAUCCUGAGUGCAGUGAGGUUGGCUGUGAUGGGCCAGGACCAGACCACUGCAAUGACUGUUUGCACUACUACUACAAGCUGAAAAAUAAUACCAGGAUCUGUGUCUCCAGCUGUCCCCCUGGCCACUACUACGCAGACAAGAAGCGAUGCCGAAAAUGUGCGCCCAACUGUGAGUCUUGUUUCGGGAGCCAUGGUGAUCAGUGCCUCUCCUGUAAAUAUGGGUACUUCCUGAAUGAAGAAACCAACAGCUGUGUUAUUCACUGCCCUGAUGGGUCAUAUCAGGACACCAAGAAAAAUCUUUGCCGGAAAUGCAGUGAAAACUGCAAGACAUGUACUGAAUCCCAUAAUUGUACGGAAUGCAGGGAUGGGUUAAGCCUGCAGGGAUCCCGGUGUUCUGUCACCUGCGAGGAUGGACAGUACUUCAACGGCCAGGACUGCCAGCCCUGCCACCGCUUCUGUGCCACCUGUGCUGGGGCAGGAGCUGAUGGCUGCAUUAAUUGCACAGAGGGCUACUACAUGGAAGACGGUAGAUGCGUGCAGAGCUGUAGUAUCAGCUACUACUUAGAGCACUCUUCAGAGAAUGGAUACAAAUCCUGCAAAAAAUGUGAUACCAGUUGUUUGACAUGUAAUGGCCCAGGGUUCAAGAACUGUACCAGCUGCCCCAGUGGGUAUCUCUUAGACUUAGGAAUGUGUCAAAUGGGAGCUAUCUGCAAGGAUGGAGAAUAUAUCGAUGAACAUGGUGGCUGCCAAGUCUGCGAUGCUUCAUGUGCCAAGUGCCGGGGGCCAACCCAGGAGGACUGCACCAGCUGCCCCCUCACAAGGGUUUUUGAUGAUGGCCACUGCAUUUUGAGCUGUCCCUUGUGGAAAUUUGAGUUUAAGAGCCAAUGCCAUCCAUGCCACCACACCUGCCGAGCCUGCCAAGGAAGUGGACCUUCCAACUGCACCUCAUGUGGAGCAGACAAGCAUGGCCGAGAGCACUUCUUGCAUCAGGGUGAGUGUCGAGAGAGCUGUCCAGCUGGCCACUACUCUGCCAAGGGGCACAUCUGCCUGCCCUGCCCAGACAACUGUGAGCUUUGCCACAACCCACGUGUCUGCACAAGAUGCAUGAGCGGCUACUUCCUCGUGCCCACCAACCACUCCUGCCGGAAGCUGGAGUGUGGACAAGGUGAAGUUCAAGACUCAGACUAUGAAGAAUGCUUGCCUUGCGAGGAAGGAUGUCUGGGAUGCAGCUUGGAUGAUCCAGGAACCUGUACCUCAUGUGCUGCAGGGUAUUACAUGUUUGAGCACCAUUGUUAUAAAACCUGUCCUGAGAAGACCUACAGUGAAGAAUUGAAAUGCAAAGCAUGUGAUACUAACUGUGGCAACUGUGACCAGAAUGAGUGUUACUGGUGUGAAGAGGGCUUCUUUCUCUUGGGUGGUAGCUGUGUGAGGGAAUGUGGUCCUGGCUUUUAUGGAGACCAGGGAACAGGAGAAUGCGAGCCCUGCCACCCAUCCUGUGAAGCCUGCACCGGCGUUGGCGAUGACGAAUGCAGCAGGUGCGGGGAAGGACAGCAGCUGCGGCGCGGCACGUGCGUCUGGCCCGCCAACAACCAGGUGGAAGGCAAGUUCUGGAACGAAGCUGUGCCCACUGCAAAUCCAUCUUUGGUGAAGAGCCUGCUGCAAGAGCGACGAAGGUGGAAGGUUCAAAUCAAAAGAGACGUUUUGAGAAAAUAUGAGCCUUGUCACUCUUCUUGUAAAACCUGCAAUGGAUCUGCAACUCUGUGCACUUCAUGUCCAAAAGGUGCCUAUCUGUUGGAGCAUGCCUGUGUUUCCUCCUGUCCCGAAGGCACUUGGCCCUCAGUCAAGAGUGGCAGCUGUGAGAACUGUACAGAGGAUUGUGCCUCUUGCUCCGGAGCUGAUCUCUGCAAAAAGUGCCAGUCUCAGCCAGAACGCCCUCUCUUCCUCCACGAAGGCAGGUGCUACUCCAGCUGCCCAGAGGGCUUUUAUGCAGAAGACAGCAUAUGUGAACGCUGCAGCUCUCCUUGCCAAACAUGUGUGGGAAAUGCCACCCACUGUCAUUCUUGUGAAGGAGGCCUUGUCCUGGACCGGGGAGUGUGCCUGAAAGCCUGUCCUGAGAGGCACGUGGCUGUGGAAGGAGUGUGCAAGCACUGCCCAGCGAUGUGUCAGGAGUGCAUCCAUGAGAAAACAUGCAAAGAGUGCAUGCCUGGCUUCUUCCUGCACAAGGACAUGUGCCAACAGUCCUGCCCCCAGCACUUCUACCAGGACUUGCACCAGUGUAUCCCCUGCCAUGAAGAUUGUCUGGAGUGUAGUGGCCCCAAGGAGGAUGAUUGUGAGCUCUGUGCUGACAUUUUUACGGUCCUCUACAAUGGACUGUGUUUGAAUGAGUGUCCAUCAGGAACUUACUAUGAAGAAAAGACUAAGGAUUGCAGAGAUUGCCACGAGUCCUGCCACACCUGCUCGUCUUACAGCGUCUGCAUAAGCUGCCAGGAAGGCCUGAGGUUGAACAGCCAUGGGGCCUGUGUGGCUCACAAGGAAUGUGCCCCCAUCGAGUACUGGGAUGAGACAGCGCACAGGUGCAAGCCCUGUCACAAUAAAUGCUUCCACUGUACAGGACCCGCAGAGGACCAGUGUCACACCUGCAGGGGGGACAACCUUCUUCUCAACACCACCUGUGUGCAAGACUGCCCAGAGGGCUACUACGCCAGGGACAGCCACCUGUGCGCGCCCUGCCACAUCUCUUGUAGGACCUGUGAUGGGAGUCACAGUACACAGUGCCGCUCCUGCCGACCGGGUUGGUUCCAGCUGGAAAAUGAGUGCCUGCUCCAAUGCAGAGAGGGAUAUUAUGCAGAAAUCUCCACUGGCCAGUGUAAGAGGUGCCACAAGAGCUGCAAGGCAUGCCGGGGUCCACAGCCCACAGACUGCCUGUCUUGCGAUACCUACUUUUUUCUGCUCGCCUCCAAGGGAGAGUGUUAUCGCACCUGCCCAGAGCAUUACUAUGCAGAAGAAAACACCUGGACCUGUGAGAGAUGUCAUCCGACUUGCAAAAAAUGCAAAGGAAAAGGAGGAUCGGAUUGCUUGUCCUGUGUGUGGAACUACCACCUCAUGGGUGGAAUCUGCAACUCCGACUGUCUUGUGGGAAAAUACAGAGUGGGAGAGGGAGAGAAAUUCAACUGUGAAAAAUGCCACGAGAGCUGUAUGGAAUGCAAGGGCCCUGGCACCAAGAACUGCACCAUGUGCCCCGCGUCCCUGCUGCUGCACAUGGACGACGGACGCUGUCUCCACUGUUGUAACACCUCCAGCCCCUCCAACACCCAGGAGUGCUGUGACUGCCAGGAAAGCAUGGACGAGUGCAUCCUUGGAAGAAGUGAGCCUGGGUCUGCUGCUGAGCGCUCCAAGACUGCUCUGUUGAUCACCUCCUCCGUCAUGUUACUGCUUCUGCUGGGGGCUGCCGUGUUUGUCUGGAGGAAGUCUCGGGGCCAAGUCCAGCCAGUACAAAAGACCGGUUAUGAAAAGCUGGCUGACCCUGCCAGGUCAUACUCCUCCUAUAAGAGCAGCUAUGGCGAGGGCACCAGCUUUGAAGAGGACCAGAUGAUCGAGUAUAGGGACCAGGACUAUGAUGAGGAUGAUAAUGAUGACAUCGUCUACAUGAGCCAAGAUGGCACAGUCUACCGAAAAUUUAAGUAUGGACUGCUGGAGGAUGAGGAGGAAGAUGAGCUGGAAUAUGAUGACGAGAGCUAUUCCUUCCAGUAGACACAGCCCACCUCCACCCCUUCCUCUCACGGGCAUGCCUGUGAGCAUGACUGUUUUGGUUUUAUCCACACACCAGGCUGAGGUGUGAAUGUGUUUGUCUUCUUAACCACGAAUCCAACCAGAAUAUGUAAGAAUGCUGAAAUAUUUUGUGCUUGUUUUGAGUGACUAAAUUCAAUUAACAGUUCCUGCUCAACCAUCAUUGAGGAGCAAGGAUAAAAUUUAAAGGCAUUUUCCUCAAAAUGAUAUGUGAAGACACCAAAGCAGGAAGUAAAAUUAACUCUUUUAUGUGAUUUUAAAAAAUAGGGAGGGAGCAGAAGACCAGUAGGGAUUCUGUUUCCAAGUUGCAUUGUGGGGAGCUCUGCUACUUUUUAGAAUUCUGAUAUUUCUUGAAAUAACUUGCGGGGGGGGGGGAAGAGUUGGCUUAGCAGGGAUUUCUUUCCCCUUCUGGCUGUGUUUAGGCAGAGAUUUGUUUUGUGAGAAUCAAGGAAAAAAAGUGUUCUUAUCUGUUGUUCCCAGAGUGUCCCCUGGUGAGCAGAAAAGAGCAUCUCGGCUGAGGUGGCUCAGGACCCAUUUAGAAAUGAGGAAAGAAAAGAGGAGACGCAUCAUAGCAGAGGAACUACGAGUUUGCUGGGCCCUGGUUCAUCCAAAGGUUUACAGAGCCAUAAUGAUCCUGAGGGCAGAAUGGCUCAGGCAGGAGGCAGAUGGUAGCAAGCCCAGUGUGAAAAAAUCACCAAGAUUCUAAGAACCACACCCCCGUGAUUCUCCAAGAAGUUUUCUAGUAGGAAAUCAUGAAAGAAAAAUGGCAAUGUGAACCUAACAUAAAAUGAAAAAAAAAAAUCAUCCAUUCUAAGAAAAAGACUAGCUAUCAAAUCAGAGGAGCUUCCAUCCACAAACCCAUCAAAGAAAUGCACGCUCUCCAUAGAGAAAGCUGGAAUGGAGUCUAACAGGAGGGAAUAAUCCCAAUGUGCCCCUCUGCUUGUAAGCUGUAAUCCAGCUGUCAAACAGCCUCCCACCAUGUUAGCACUGUGGUUUUGUUUCUAGACUUCCUAAGCUUCCCUUUUUCUCCUUCUCCUGACAAGUAUGCUCUUAGAUACAAAUGAGGACAGUUUUUCUGCAGAUAGUAAUACAGAGAGAGGGGCUCUGGCUACUUCAAAGUAUACCAGCAGAAUCUUGUGGAUUUCCUUGUCAAAGAAGUUAUAGGCACUGUUAGGAGUGGGACAACAAAGAGUGAAAGUGACAUUUUCAGAUGAUGGCAAUAGUCAAAAUAUACUGCAUACCUACUGUAUACCAGGUAUCAAGCUAAGUAAUUCCUCUUAGAAAGAAAGAAAGAAAAGAAAAGAAAGAAAGAAAGAAAGAAAGAAAGAGAGGAAGAGAGGAAGAAAGAAAAGAAAUCACCACACUUACCCACUUGACAUCACAAGUCUAUCAGGUUGGAGUCGUCAUUGCCCUGCCUUUAUAGGAAACCUGAGGUUUACAAAAGGCUAAGUCACAGGGCUGGGCAUAGUGAUACAUGCCUAUAAUCCCAGGGAGGCUCAGGAAAGAAGAUUAAGUUCAAGGCCACCCUGGGCAACUUAGUGAUACCCUGUCUCAAAAUAAAAAUUAUUUUUAAAAAAGGACUAGCUCAGUGGUAAAGCAUCCAGGGUUCAAUCCUCAGUACCAAAAAAGAGGCUAAAGCACUAGUUCAAGGUCACAGAAAGCUCACCAAACUCCAAACAAUAAGUGUGACCCUAAAGUGCAUGUUUCUAAUAAAUAUGCUCCACUAACAUAAGAUGGGAAAAUAAGCAUCCUAAAUAUAAUAAACAUGUCUAUUAUUGUAUUCUAUGACAUCAAUAUCCUUCUAGGAAGUGUAUGAUCUUCAUUCACUAAAUUCGUAUAUUUUUUAAACAAUGUGACACAGACAUGGGAAAUUUUGAUGAAGAAGACUUCCGUUUACUGAAGGCUUGUGUUUCUUCAGAGGAAAGUUCUUAGGGUCAGUAGGCUUUCCCUGGAAAGAGCCAGAUUUUUGUUACUACUUCAGGCCUUGUGGGCUAAAACAUCUCUACUAUAACUAUUCGGCUCUGCCAUGGUAGUGUGAAAGCAGCCACUACCCUAUGGAUGGGAAGACUGUGUUCCAAUAAAACUUUAUUCGUGGACACUGAAAUUUGAAUUUCAGAUAGGUGUUACACAUCAUGAAAUAUUAUUCUUCUUUUGAUUUUUUUUAACCAUUAGAAAUAUAAAAAUUAUUCUUAGCUCACAGAAGUACAAAAACAGGUGGUGGGUCAGAUUUGGCUUGGACCUUGUCUUUAAAAAAUUCUUCAGAGCCAGGUGCAGGUUCAGAACUGUGAUUCCAAUGAAGCUACACUUCCUUGGGAGGCUGAGGUAGGAUAUCGCAAGUUCAAAGCCAGCCUCAGCAACUCAGCAAGGCCCUAAGCAACUUAGCAAGACCCUGUCUCAAAAUAAAAGAUAAAAAGGGCUUGGGGUGUAACUCAGUGGUAAAAUGCUUCUGGGUACAAUCCUCAAUACUAAAAUAAAAAGAAUAAUUUCAGAGGUCCUCUGUAUCAUACAUACAUAUGAUAUGCUUUCCAAAAUUUUAAUCAUUUAAAAUUAGCUCUUCAAAACCCAUUUAAAGUCCUGAUAGUUCUCUUCUUAAAAAUGCUUGUAAGAUAAUCAUCACAUCAAUGGGAGAAUCUUCUUAUCCAUUGCAGUGUACAGAGUUAACCUACAGAAACAAGUAAUUUUGCUUAUACUGUGUUGUUCAUGUUCCUUGAUAAUUUUAAAACUGUGAUAGACUGAGUUGGACAUUUUUUUCAAUAGCCUGGAAAUUGUUUUCCAAGAAAAGUCUGUGUUUAUGAUAUGCAGUUAAAGGUUGAACAAGGUUGUGAUGACCUUGAACACUAAGAAAAAUUGUGCUCUUCUUCUAUGUGACCUGAAGUGAAAAGAACACAUGUGCUCAUCUACUGGCAAGUUUGACAAGUUUGUGCUUAGUCAUGCCACAUUAUUCUCUCACUUCUUUUGAAAAUUAUGCUUACAACUGUCUUAAUAGAUAAAUAUGUGGUUGGAAAACAAUGUCACCUUUGGUUUUGUUUGCAAAUAACUUGGAAAUACUAAGAGAAUCCUCAAAAACUGGAAAUAUACUAAAAAACUGGAUAAGAGCUUAAAAGGUUCUGAUUCAUGGAAUGCAAUUUUAAAAGUGUAAAUAAAUGAAAUUAAGACCAGGUGAUGCUA